UGCAUUGCUGAUGCUGCUGCUGGCAGACAUGGACGUGGUGAAUCAGCUGGUGGCCGGGGGUCAGUUCCGGGUGGUCAAGGAGCCCCUUGGCUUUGUGAAGGUGCUGCAAUGGGUCUUCGCCAUCUUCGCCUUCGCCACAUGCGGCAGCUACAGCGGGGAGCUCCGGCUCAGCGUGGAGUGUGCCAACAAGUCUGGGAGUGACCCCAACAUCGAAGUUGAAUUUGAGUAUCCCUUCAGGCUGCACCAAGUGUACUUUGAUGCACCCAACUGCCGAGGGGGCACCACCAAGGUCUUCUUAGUGGGAGACUACUCCUCGUCUGCCGAAUUCUUUGUCACCGUGGCCGUGUUUGCCUUCCUCUACUCCAUGGGGGCUCUGGCCACUUACAUCUUCCUGCAGAACAAGUACCGAGAAAACAACAAAGGACCCAUGAUGGACUUUCUGGCCACGGCAGUGUUUGCCUUCAUGUGGCUAGUUAGCUCAUCGGCAUGGGCCAAGGGGCUAUCAGACGUGAAGAUGGCCACAGACCCAGAAAACAUUAUCAAGGAGAUGGCUGUCUGCCGCCAGACAGGAAACACAUGCAAGGAGCUGAGGGACCCUGUGACCUCCGGGCUCAACACCUCCGUGGUGUUCGGUUUCCUGAACCUGGUGCUCUGGGUCGGCAAUCUGUGGUUCGUGUUUAAGGAGACAGGCUGGGCCGCCCCAUUCCUGCGCGCGCCUCCUGGCGCCCCGGAGAAACAACCGGCACCCGGGGAUGCCUACGGCGAUGCGGGCUAUGGGCAGGGCCCCGGCGGGUACGGGCCCCAGGACUCCUACGGGCCCCAGGGCGGCUACCAGCCCGACUACGGGCAGCCAGCGGGCGGCAGCGGCGGCGGCUACGGGCCUCAGGGCGACUAUGGGCAGCAAGGCUACGGCCCGCAGGGUGCGCCCACCUCCUUCUCCAAUCAGAUGUAGUCUGGUCAGUGCAGCCCAGGAGCACCCCAUGGGUAGGCAAAAGCUCAGGAGAAGGCCUGCCCCCCUUCUUAUCCCUAUACCCUAGGUCUCCACUCCUCAGCCAGGAGACCCUAACUGUCUUUGCUGUUUAUAUAUAUAUAUAUUAUAUAUAAAUAUCUAUUUAUCUGUCUGAGCCCCGCCCUCACCUCACUCCCUUCAUGCACUAGGGGCGAGUCUUGAGUGGCCCCCUCUCUUACCCCUACCCCUUCCUCUGCAUCCUUUGGUCCCUCCCUGUUCCUCAUCCCUGUCCCCUGAGGUUAGGGGGCUCUGAAAGGGGUACAGAGAGGGGACAGACCUUGGCUGUGUGGGGAGGGUGGGUGUGACUUCAGACUCUCUCCCCUCUCUUUCUGCCCUCCUCCCAACUCUGGCCUUGGUUCUUUCAGCAAUGCCUGAACAGAGGCCAUUAGGGGAAAUCCGACCACAGGGUGAAAGGCCGAGAUUGGGGGGACUUGGGGUAAAGAAGACAGCUUAGGACCCAAGGUGGCCUUGUAGGGGAGCUCUGGAUUAGAGGGGCCAGCAAGGGAGUCAGGUUCCAGACAUACUGAAUCUGUAGUCUAAAAGAGAGGAGUACCCUAGAGCAUUCUGGGGUGGGGCUAGAAAGGAGACAGAGGGUAUGGUUAUAGAGGGGAGCAGGGCUUUGAGUGAGGUGACAGAAUGAGCUACAGAGUGGAAGGUCUUGGACUGGGAUCAGAGUCUGUGGAAGGUAUAUGGCUUGGAACACUCAGGAGUGUUGAUUCUAAAGUGGACAGAUCUUGGGCAGGGCAAGAAGCAUGAUUCAGUAAUGGGCCAAGCUUGGGAUGAGAUCCUGGUCAGGGUUCCAGACAGAGAUCAGCUUAGAGUGGGGCUUGUAUGAGUGUUUCAGAAGGAACAGUCCCUCCCCAAUGGAGCAGUGAAGAAAAUGUUUUAAAGUGGAUGGGUUUGGGCAGCAGGUUGAGAGGGAGAACUUGGUUAGGAGCUUCAGGAUGUGUUUUGUAAGGGGUAGGUUGGAAUGGCCCUGGCCAAGGCCAGGGAAUGAGGUGGCCUGGGAGGAGCUGAAGGAUAGAUAUAUGUUGGAGUUUAAGGGGUGGAAUCUAGAAACAAGCACACCCUACACCCUUCCCAUCCAGUGACAAGAUAAGCUAUAAGCAAGGUAAUCAGAGGACAGAGCAAAUGGGUCUGUGGGCCUGACCUACCCCCUUCCCCCCCUUUCCUCUGCUCCCUUCCUCCCUCUCACCCCCACCCAUCCUGUGGUGGUUGGAGGCCCGGUCUGGAGUUCCUAUUUUGCACCCUCUGCUGCGUCUGUGAUGUCAGUAGUGCCUGUGAUUGUGUGUUGCCAUUUUAUUUGGCUGUGGCCCCUCCCUCUCCCCUGCAGACCCCCACCCUUUCCCACGCCCUUUGGUAUUGUUUGAAGACUCCCCUCCCUAAGGAAGAACAAAUAUGAUUAAUUCUCCUCCCCCAAAUAAACUCCUCAACCACCUAGUC